AUGAAGUACGUGGAUCCCAAACUGAAGGAUGCUGCUGGCUACCCUAAUUGCAUGUUAAAGAUGAACGCAAAACUGAAGGCGAAGGGUGUCUUCAAUGCAGAGGAUGACCGUGAACGAGAGAUUUCCUACUCCAUCAUAGUCCAGAGUAUUGAUGAUAUCUGCGUUGGCCCUACCCGUAACACCGAUGAUCUUGCAGUUGUCUUAGCGCAGACACGCUACCGCCAUGAAUAA